UCAAUAAAAAUACCAAUGAUAUACAGCUUCUUUUCAAAGGUUAAAAGUAAGUUAUCCGUAAUAUGUAAUAUGGCUGUUUCAGUUGAUUUGCCCGUUUGAUAUCCGUAUACAGUCUGCAGUAUUUUUGACCGCGUACCCAAUAGGUUUGCACACAUAUACUUUAUUAUUCUAACAUUAAAUUUGGUUGGAUAAUGUUGCAUAAAACACUAAAAAACUGCAUGACAUUGCCAGCAUUGCGGCCAAUGCAACCUGCAGUGGGUAAUCACCACAGGCGGGUACGUCUCGUGGCCGAGUUCGUGCCAUAAUUAAGUGCAGCAGCAAAGGAAGAAGAAUGACAACCGCCUCGGUGAUCUCUCCAAACAUGCCUUCUCCCCUCGAAGCCCAGCAAGCGCGUAAAAGGUUUCUCGAGGAUUCGGUGGCGUCCGAGUCCAUAUAUAGCAGACGGCGUUCGAUGACAAUUGACGAGCUGGAGACGACCAAAUUGCAAAACCAACAGGAUGAGUUCGUUUGUAUCAUCGGAUGCAUCUUGGGAACUAUCGUCUUCCUGGCGUGCCUGGUAGGCGCUUUUAUCCUUCUAUCUCGAGAAACCGUGGAGCGAACAACGGUUGCGGAACCUGAACAUGGCACAGGCGGAUCAGGCGCAGAUACGACGACCAUUGUUAUUCCACCCGUUAAAAGUGUCCGACCAGGCAGUUCAACUGUGAGUUCCACUGUUGUGCCAGACACUGAGGACAUAGAGAUAAGUUCAACGACGACGCCAGAGACUGAGCACACAGAGACAACAGAGACAACAGAGACAACGGAGACAACAGAAUUGGACGCGACGGAAACGACAGAAACGUACGGAUAUAAAGAGAAGCCGAAAAUUGUCCGAGGCCCGCUUCUCUGCACCGUGAGCGUGCACUUCACGGAGACGAGUUUGUUGCCGGAGGAUGGAGAGUGCAACAUCAUAUUCUACGAAUCGUUCUACGUGAAGAACAGACCAUCCGAUUGGCAGGACUCGGGUCUGGACCACUUCUUGAAGCUAGGACGCACCAUGCAUCAGACUAGCAUCGGCGCCUCCUUCUCCCCAGUCGGAGGCCAGCUCUUCGCCGACGUAACUACACAUGUCCUAUUUCAAGCAAUCAAUCGCCUGAGCAACUUGGGAGUCAAGCACUUCGGCAUGAUGAACGUGUACGGGGACUUGGCGAUCGACGGUGACAAACUCACACAAUGCCUCACAGUUCUGAAGAGUAUUGUGAUUCACAUAAAAAGCAUGAUGCCCGAUACUGACGUCCGUACGGCUCUCGGUGUACAGUUCUCGCGCCACUACAUCUUCUUGAGGACAAACAAAUUCAGUAAAGUCUUUCGGCCUACGUACUACAUAGCCAUCACCCACAUGUCAAUCCCGCGUAGUGCCGACUCCAACUGCUGGGUCUUUCCAAUGUCUAUGAUGAACACUACCGAGGCUCUUCAGGUCCAGGAACUCGAAAACGGCACUACCUCGAUUGUGGAAGCUCUCGACAACCUGAGAUGGCUGAAGCGGCGGAAUCAAGGAAAUAUGUUAUUAUAUAUAUCUUUCUCGAUGCGGGCGCAGCAGUACAAACGGGAACAUAUUUUAGACAAUGACGUAGAAGCAUCCAUCAGCCUAUUUAAUCCAUGCACUGACUCGCCUGGCGAUCAGAAUCACGGAGACGUCCAUCCAAAACAAGUUUGCUCGGAGGACUACGGAAAAUACUACCGCCAUGAUUCCGAAGUGGAUGCAGAUUACGCGUUUGACCCAAUUGACAAUCGCACUUUGACGUUUGACUCGGAAAAGGGCCUCAAGGAGAAGGUCUGCGGUGCCAAAGACAUCUACAGCAACCUGAACUUUAGCGUAGCCGUCUACGACAUCGAGUACGACCAGGAAGACACGAGAUGUCUCAGUUUCUACAUUGGCCGCGGCUCCUUCAGACGUGUGAGGGCAAUCUCUUCCGCGAUUUCUGGCCGCACAUACGUGUACUCGUACGUCCCAAUCCUUCGAGCAGACAUAUGCCUUAAACGGCAGUACGCUUCCCUGGCUACUCCUUGUUGUCCCGUCUCAUAGCUGACUGCGGUGUUGAAGAUGGAGGAUAUAAAAUAUGUCCAAUACGGCGA